AACAAGCCACUCAAACUUCACAUGGAGAUUCUGAUUGGUGGCGGGCGCGGCAGCAGUGGCCUGUCUGAUGAACAAAAUGAGUUUGACCCUCCUAUACUGAGCAAGAUAGGUUGCAUGGACACAUUGUCUCGGUCAAAUACAGUGCAGUCAGUGAUUUCACUCGCAGCAUAAAUGUUUUACCAGCAGGUUUGUUGUAGAUGAGAAAUGUCAUGUAUAUGUAAAUGCAGCCGAAUUUGCAUUUUAUUAUCUUUACAUUGGUGUUCACCAUUAAUCUGACUCAAAGUCAUGGUUUAUGGGAAGAAGUUGGCAGAGGAGAUGCUGAUGCCUUCUGUGCUGGAAGAUGAUGACGCAGAAACAGAAAGUGAGAAGCUGCAGCUGGGGGAGCAAAGAGGGAGCCGGACAGAGGUCAAAACGCGUGGGCUACAAGACCAGCCCUCGAGUCUUGAUGGGAAUGUUUCAGACAGAGGUGAAAUAGAGGGUGAAGAGGAUGGUGAGGAGGGGAAACAGAAUGGAGAGGUGGAGCCUGGAGAAGUAGAGCAUGCGAUCUCUGAUGAAGACUACGACACAGAUUUGGAGCUUGGAGGUGAGGAGGAGGCAUUCGACCCCACGGGGCUCGCGUCUUACACGGCGGUGUGUGAAAUGUUACAUGUGGUACCUGCUUCUUACUUCAUGCGACACAUGAAAGACAGUGAGCUGACCAUGACGCAUCGUGGACUUGGGCCUCAGGGCACCAAAGCACUGGCGGUUCCCCUGGUAACCAACACUUCAAUACAGAGCCUGAACCUGCGAGAUAAUUGGAUGGAAGGAAUGGGCGGAGCUGCUAUAGCUGAGAUGUUAAAAGAAAAUUGUUACAUUACAGAGGUUGACCUAUCCAACAACAAUCUUGGGGAUUACGGGGCCAGAGCCAUAGCUGGUAUGUUGAAGGAGAACAGCACCCUGGUGAGCCUUAAUCUGUCAGGAAACCUUUUCACAGAGCAGUCAGCCGAACACCUGGGCCCAGCUCUCAUCGCUAACGCCAAGCUGCAGCACCUCGACAUCAGCCACAAUGCUCUGGGAGAACGGGCAGGGGCAAUCCUCGGCAACUCUCUGUCAGAGAACACAGGGUUGAAAUCACUAAGUCUGGCCUGGAACUGCCUUCGAGGGAGAGGAGCUGUAAUGUUGGCCAAUGGUCUUGGGGGGAACAUUUCCCUCAAAAAAGUGGAUCUGUCUUUUAAUGGCUUCGGGACAGAGGGAGCCAUUGCUUUAGGGCAAGCUCUGAAAGAGAAUGACAUUUUGGAGGAGUUAAAUUUGAGUAACAACAGAAUACCCCCUGAAGGAGCCAUCCGCCUCGCCGUGGGCCUCAAAGUAAACAAGACAAUCAAAUCGCUGAACAUGGGCAGGAACCCCAUCCAGCCUGCUGGAUGCUAUGGUAUCCUCAAGUCUAUACGGGAUAACCCAGAUUCCGCCAUGGAAACAUUAGACUUUACUGGCAUCGCAGUGAACCAGGAUUUUCAAGACUUGUAUGCAACAGCUAAAGAAAUAUCCCCGGCGCUUACAAUAAAUCAUGGGAGCAGAAUUGGCACAUUCACAAAAGCAAAUGCUUGAGAAGUGUUACUGUAAUUGCUGCACUUUUAUGAUAUAAAUGAUGGAAGGAGUCUUGUCAAAGACCGGUGGAUUAUUUAUUUUUUUUAUCAACACGCAAAUCAGAGGCAUGGAUCGCUGGGAGGAUGUUCUUUUGUAUUUUGUUUUUUUUUCCAAAAAGCUGUCAUUUAUAAAAGAAAAAAAAAGGCCCACAACAGCAUAAAUUAAUAAAAAGUAUCAGGCAUAAAUUAAAGUUGUAAAAUAUCCAAUCAAAUGGAAAUAAGGUUAUUUCAAGGGGAGUUUGUUUAUUUUAUAAAAAAGGAACGUUACAUUCACAGCUUUUGUGUCACUUCAGCGUUUGAAAUGUGGUGUUGCCGAAGUCAUUGAACACGGGUGUACAAUACAGGUAUUGAGUCUGAUUCUUUUUAGGUAUGAUCUGAUGUGAUGUUAUAUAAUGUCAGUGGGUAGAAUGAUAGAGAGGAUCAGAGAGCACCACAUUGUGUAUGAAAAGAACUGAAAGUGGGUUGAACAAAAAGGAUUUAAGUACCGCAUGACGAGUCUGAUAGAGAAACCAGCUGUGAGAGACACGGUUAGAUAAGAGGCCAAACAAGACAAAACAGAGCAGUCAUUUGGUGAUGUAUGCCUCCUGUAUACGCCAUAACAUUUCAUAUAAUAAUAAUAACAAUAAUAAUAAUAAUAACAUUAAGAAUAAUCAUAAUAAAACACCAAAAAUAUCUGAUAACAACACUUCAGACCUAUUUAUGAACAAUGCUUUUGUUUGUUGCAUUGUUAUUUUAUGUGUCGUGCGACUUGAAAUGUUAUAUUCUGCAAAAACUAUAUGGCUCAAUAGAAAUGAUAUAUAAUGUUUUUGCCCUGUAACAUUUAUAUGAUGUUGGUUAAAGUGAAAAUAUGUCAAAACAAACAAAUACUGAAGUACCUAUAAUAGUCGAAAAGUAUUAGAGCAACUCAAAAAAUUAGUAGUUUAGAUUUGAUUUGAUUUAAAGUUUAGUAUGUGAACUUUCAUUUUAGCUCUAUACACUAUAUAUGUAUAUAUAUUUACAUAUAUACAAUUUAUAUUUUUUAAAUUGUUUAAAUAUAUGUUUCUUCGUCUGAUAAUACAAAUAGUAUCU